AUGGCACCCGUUCAAACGCAGCGUCCGAUGUUCUAUACUCGCGAUAUUGCUGCUUUCAGUGAUGCAGAACUAGAUCAAUAUCUAGAAAAGAUAGGACGAGCACGAACAGGCGGCGCGCUCUCCCGCCCGAUCGAUCUCAACGACCUCACAGCACGCCUUGAGGGCGUGAUUCCGAAGAGAUCUAGGCUAGCGCAGCCUCCGCAACACUCACAAGCGGGCUCGGAUUUCUGUAGCCGAUCCACGACAGAGUCAAUAGACGACGAGGAAUGGUAUCAUCAUCUUCUGCGGAGGGAGACGAGGUUCUAUGAUACGCUUGUGCGUGAAGGCGGGCGGCCCUCGCACCCGGUCAGCCUUGGCCGAGACGUUCUGGAGAACCCUGGAGAGUACCGCGAGAUCCUAUCAUUCUGGAAUCAUGGCUUGAAAGAUUGGGAAGUGUUCCACCCUCAGAUGAGCGAAUGGUGA